AGACAAAAACAUUGAAGGAUGUCAACGUCUCGUGCCAGGAUGUUACCAUUUAUGUCACUGAUUCUGUCAAUAUCAGACACCUUUGACAUCCAAAAACACUUCAGACACCCAAAUAACAACUCGGCAACAAAUCUAAGACACAUUGAGCCUGCCUCAAAGAAAAAUAAGAACUGUUUGAAAUGUCUGAUUUGGAAAACCACCUCAAACACAAAUCAUAAGCACUUUGAAGAAACAUCAAAGAAAAACAUAACUAUCUCAUAGAUAUCAUCCUGUAGCUGAUUCUGCCGAUAUCAAAAACAUCUCAAAGACCGAUCAAAAACACAAAGAUCAAAAGCAAUGCCAAAUCAAGCACACUUCAAAGACUAGGUGUCUUUGAGUCAUCCAUUUAUGUAGCUGAUUCUAAUCAAAGACAAGUCAUUUGAAAGAAAAACGCGCAAGUGAUUUUACGUGCACGUUCGCAAGGGCCGCACCCCUCCCUCAUUGACUUGCGCCAUAUCACCUUGCCGGAGGAUCGCCAUGGCAACAAGUUGCCCAUAGCGACGGGGUACCGCUCCAUCGCCGCCAGACAACCGGCGAGUGCGGCGGCACGCAAAGACAUUCGCGCACGCGCCAGGGUGAGGUCCGCUCGCAAAGACACUCAGACGUGGUGGCGGCAGCGGCGGCGGCGUCCACCUCACGCGGACUCAAGGAUCGAACCGGCGGCGGCGGCGGCAUGAUGGCAGACUGACGUGACAUCAACAAACAACAAAACAAUAACCAGAGCAGGAGCAGGCGUCUGGCCGCCACCCUCCACACCCCCCGUGUUCCGUGCGUGGUUACCGAGUGCCGACCACAGCGCUGGAGCCGCGACGCUCCAGCAUGGACGUGCCCAGGAUGGCCGAGGGCCUCUUCAGCAGCACGCUGUCAUCGUCGGGCGGCGGACAACACGCGGCGUCCUACCUGACGCUGGAGCAGAAGGCGGCCUUCGUCUUCGUGCUGCUGCUCUUCAUCUUCCUGGCGCUCCUCAUCGUGCGCUGCUUCCGCAUCCUGCUGGACCCUUACCGCAGCAUGCCCUCAUCCAACUGGACUGACCACACCGAGAAGGACACCUUCGACUAUCGCAUCGUCUAAGCCGGGCGUUCUCAAAUUUUCGGGGUCCAGGGGCGAAAUUCUUCCAAAUCCAUCUAAAUCCCAACUACACCCGACUACCAUGUAUAGCCCGAAAAGCCAGGAGAUUUACCGUAAGUAAUGAAUCAGUUUAUCACAGGGGAUACGUUCCGGAACCGCCCGCAGGAGAUAAAAAUCCACAAUUUAUGGAGACCACAUUUAAAAAAAACAAACAAAAAAAUUUUUGAUAUACUUUUACCCCUCCCACAUGCUUUAAACACACAUAAUGUCGAUCUACUGUUGAUAAAAAAAAAAUUGCGUUAUAGUACGAUUAAAUAUAUUUUUAUUUCAUGGGGGGGAAAGGGGCAGUGUGAUGAGAAUACAAUUUUGAGGGGAGGUUUGGAAUAAAAUUAAUCGUACGAGUCAAAUUUUGUCGUUCUAAUGAGACUUGAUUUUACAGAAAUUCUGUCAGAUUUUAACGAUAUAAAAAGUCGUAAUUUUACAAGAAUGAGGUCGCAGAUUGGUUAAAAAAAAUCGUAAUCAUUCUGGAUUGAAGUCUGAUUUUGUCAAGAUUCAAUGUUGAAAUCGUAAGAAAAUACAGUCAGAUUUUUGGGGAUAAAUUUGGAAUCUUAUGAGAUUUAAAUCAGAUUUUAACAGGAUUAAAAGUGACACUUUUGCUUUGAGCAAAAAAAAUGCGAGAUUAAAAUAGGAUUUGUUAGGAUAAAAACAGUUUAAUUAAUUCAGAUUUAUCAAGAUUA